AUGCGUGGAGUACAGAAGGGCGCGAAGUACACAUGCGCAGAAGCGCGCCGGAAGUUCGCGUUCCAGGAUCGCGCCAAAUUCCUGAAGAGGAAGAGAGAUUGCUCCUCAGAAUCUGGGGAGCAGCAGCAGGAGGACCUAGGAAGUCUCCUCAGAGGAGCCCCCAGGCCAACACCCUUCCUCCUGCCUGAGUUACCUAUCAAAAAGGAAGAGCAGGAUGCAUCCUCUUCCAAAUCAGAAUCAGAGAAGGAAGAGAAGGAGGAGGGUCAUCAGGGGGAUUCUGCUUCAGCCUUGAGGGGGAACCCCAGCCUCUCACCUCGGUCCCCUGGCCACAAGUGGAAGAGGGAGUGCUCCUCAGAGGCCAAGGAGGAGCAGAGGGGGGGCCGCUGGUGCUCUGAUGCAGCCCCACAGGAAGGCAUCAGGCUCCCACCUCGCAAGAGGUGGAGGGAGUAUCUGUCCCUGAUGGAAAAGGAGCAGCAAGAGUCAUUGCGAUGCCUACGCCCUGAGCCUUUGACCCACCUAGGUGACAUGGAGAUGCCCUGUGGCCUGAAGAGGAAGAUGAAGAGGAAGCACCUGUGCUCAGUGCUGCCUGUGUACCACGAGGCCUUCACUCGGCUGCUCGAGGAUCCAGUUAUCAAGAUCUUCCUAGCCUGGGAUGAAAACCUGAGGGCCUCUGACAAGUAUCUCCUGGCCAUGGUCAUCGCCUACUUCAGCCGGGCCGGCCUCUUCCCCCGGAAGUACCAGAGAAUCCAAUUCUUCCUGGCGCUAUACCUGGCCAAUGACAUGGAGGAGGAUGACCAGAUUCCUAAACAAGCCAUCUUAUUGUUUCUCUACACCUGGAAUUUGAAAAAGGUUCCCCAGUUCCACAAGCUGCGCUACCAAUUCAUCUGCUACAUGGACUGGAACCUCAGGGUGACCCGAGAGGAGUGUGAGGAGAUCCAAGCGUAUGACCCUGCACUCUGGGUGUGGAGCCGAGAUCGCGCCCUCAUCCCUGGACCCUGGAACCCUGUGGACAGUGCCCUCAAGAAGAUCUCUGGCCCAGGAAGCAAUGAAAUACACUCAUCACCGUAUAUGCCUGAGAGCUGGGAACCCAUGGAGGUGGAACCAUAAGGGAUGAGAUUUUCUACAGCGCCUUGCAAAUCCUCAUUCAAACUUCCCUUGAAUUAGAAGUUGAAUAUCUGCUGUUUUAUACAUUUGGUUCCCUGUAACCUGGACAAUCAUUGAAGAUGGCCUGUAGAGUCUCCUAUUGAGUGGAAAUCAUUUGAAAUAUAAUGACAGAUCCAUAGGCAUGUUGCAGAUUUCUUUAGUAUAUAGUAUAAGCCAUAUCAGUUUGCUGUAAACAUUUUGCCCAUUGAAAUGUUACUAUGUAUAUUUGAUAUAAUAUUGAGAUUUUUUUAGUCGUAUUCUUGUACUAUUUUGAUAGAUAAUUUUAAUGGAUGGUUGUACAUAUAUACUUUGUCUUUUAGAGAGGUUUAUACCUUAAUUAC